AUGGAAAUUAAUUGCGGAGAAGUAGGAAGGGUUUGGGGUAAGUAAAACAUUGUCUUUCGUGCUAAAAAGAGCUAGUUUGCCUUUGCCCGCCGGCCGGUUAGCUCUGUUGGAUAAGCGCCGGUCUACCGAGCGGGAUGCCGCUGGUUGAAGUCCCGGCCGGACCAACACUCAGGGUCUUUAAAUAACUGAGGAGAAAGUGCUGCCUUUGUAAAGACAUCUGCCAACCGUUGGACUUUCUAGUCUUCUCGGAUAAGGACGAAAAACCGUACGCCCAGUCUCACAACCCUUGCAUAUAUAAAUUCUGAGGGACGUUAAAGAACCCACACGCUGUUCGUAAAGAGUAAGGGUCGUAGUCCCCGGUGUAGUGGUCUAUCUCUAUCCUUGAUGUUAUGACGGAGGAAAAUUAUAGAGGGGAAAAAUAGUAACCCUUAGGGAAGGUGUUAGGCACUCCCCGCCCCCUACCCCUCUCCUUUUGACUAGCCCAUUUUCUCCUCUCUUUUCGAAUUUCAGCAUGGCGCGUUCGCAAGCAAAACAUUCGCGCGCCCGAAGAAAACGCCUGCACUGCAGGCUAUGUAAAGCAUUAUCAUGUUCUUUCAUUUAUUUAUUGCCAUGGCAUGCGUUUACAUUGUUUUUCUACUGUUAAUAGGUAGGUUAAUGUCGAUUUAGAAAAAAUACCUAUCAUCGACUCUGGUUUUUGCAGAAAAUGUUCAGCGUAGAUUCAUUUUCUUCUUUCAGUACGAAGAAAAGUUUUGGUAUGUUUUUAUUGGUAAUGGCUUCAGAAAUUGUUAUUCACAAUUAAAUUUAAUUUGCAAAACAUUUCCUUUGAGCGCUUGUCGCCAUUUUGUGUUGCCAAUGCCGGGAAAUCGUGGUUUGAAAUGUCUGUUAUUCGGAGACAUGACUGCGCCUUCUUGAUUAGGAGCAAGACACGGAUUAAUUGGUGACGAUAAAAAGUCGUGCCUGCGGCGGCCUCUGCUGCUGCUGCCACCACCAUCGUUCACAUCAAUAUACUCAUCAACUGCGCAUUCGACUAUUCGUGCAAAACCUCCAAUACCUCCUCGCGGGAGUUUGUGCCAUUCAGUUCCUCCUCCACUGACACGAAAU